ACAUGUCCGCUAGACAAGAAUGUCCUCUCUACCCGCCGGUUCUGGUGGUGGGUCCCAGGCUGGGCCUCCUUGUUGGGUCCCGGUUUUCUGCAAUCCGGAGUCUGGUAAUCAGCACGGCCACCGACCCUGACUUCGAAGCUCCCGCAGUAGCUUCCCCUCGUCUUCGAUUGCCAAUGCCUCGGGGGGCGGAGGCGAACCCACUCCUCCCUCCCUCGUUUUCCUCUUCCCCAUAGCGACUACCAACCACAUUGCCGCUCUUCCGUCCCUCCCCGAAGCCCUAGCCGCCGUCUCCCGCCGCAGCACCGGUCUAGGUAUCGUAUAAGCGGUAUCCCAGUUUUUUUCCCCGGCCGGUCCCGACGCGGAUCUGCGGAUCUUUCAGGCCCCUGGCUGGCCGCUGCGAAUUACAACAGUAAAGUUGAGUGUUUGACUUCAAGCCUAAGCAGACGACUAAGCAAAGGUAUUGUCACAUGAGGGAAUAAGGAUGUCAUUCAUUUAUAACUAUCACAUGUUGAUUAUCGUCCUCUCUUUGGCAUCAACUUUAUUACUUGUGUCUUGUGGACAAGAUGAUUAUUUCCACUGUGAAAGUGUUGUCAGAAAUUGGGCAGAAUAUUCAAGUGAAGAUAAAACAAAAGAAGGCGAGUUAACACUAAAGGAUUUGCUGUUUUUUCUGCAUGUUCCAAGAACUGGUGGACGGACAUACUUCCAUUGCUUUUUGAGAAAGCUUUAUACAAGUGCUCAGGAAUGCCCUCGUUCCUAUGAUAAAUUAAAUUUUGAUCCAAGGAAACCAAAUUGCAGUUUGAUGGUUACUCAUGAUGACUAUAGUUUGCUGUCCAAACUGCCUAAGGAUAGGACCUCAGUUGUAACAAUCUUUAGGGAUCCAGUUGAUCGUGUGUUCAGCACAUAUGAGUUUUCUGUGGAAGUCGCAGCUAGAUUUCUUGGUCAUCCAAAUUUAACUUCAGCAACCAAGAUGUCUGGACAAAUACGCCGCAAGUCUCGUGGUGUCAGUACAUUGGAUAUAUGGCCAUGGAAAUAUCUAGUUCCUUGGAUGAGCCAGGACUUGUUUGCCCGGCAAAAUGGUGUACAGAGGGAUACUAGAGAACUUGGGAGACCUAGAAAGAUCAAAGAAAUCACCAAUCCCUAUGACGUGGAAGAGAUUGUCAUGCCCCUACAUGAGUUCAUUAAUGAUCCCAUGGCUCAUGAGAUCAUUCACAACGGAGCAACUUUUCAAGUAGCAGGACUAACGAACAACUCAUAUACGGUAGAUUCACAUGAUGUGCGUAAUUGUGUACAGAAACACCCAGAACUUGGCCAUUUUAUACUUGAAGUUGCAAAGCGUAGGUUGAAUCAUAUGCUAUAUGUUGGCCUCACUGAAGAGCACAAGAAAUCUGCCACCAUGUUUGCUAAAUUGGUUGGAGCACAAGUUCUCUCCCAGUCAGAAGCCUUGAACUCUGAUUUCAAGCAGGCAAUAUCCAACAAAACUGAACCAACUUCUUUUCCAGAUCCCAAAGCUAAGGGGUCAAACCAGUUUGCGAUGUCGGUUGGAACAUUGAUGGAGAUCUAUGAAUCAUGCAUUUCUACUUUACGAAAAUCUCAAGCAUCUCGCCGUACUAUGUCUCUGAAAAGGGUUGCUCCUGUAAACUUCUCAAAGCAGGCACGCGUUUCUGUUCCUAUGACGGUUCUGCAGCAAAUCCAAUAUCUGAACAAUCUUGAUGUGGAACUUUACAAACAUGCUCAAAAUAUAUUCAUGCUGCAGCAAAAACAUCUCAUGCAAAAUGCUGAAGACAUUUUUGUUCAACCAGAUGGAGACCUGAUGGCUGAAGUGGAACCGCAGAAGGCUGCUUCUGGCAGCUUCUACAGAUGUUUACCAUGGAGGCUCUUCUUAGCCAUUGCGUUGCUCAUGAUUAUCGUUCUUAUCGUGCUGGCCACAACUACAAGCAGAAGAACCGAAAAACUUAAGAUAUAGUGAUAGAGAAUGACAACUGCAUAACUUUGUUCAUGUUGACACUAAUUGCUGGGUGGAAAGGUUUUGUGGGUUAGGAGAUGACACAACAAAGGCCUGAUUGGUGAGGAUUUAUGCUUACCGAGUGGCAGAACCACACAACUCUUGCAGCAGAAAUUUAGAGAAGCAUGCAGUGUAAUGACAGGAUUUAACAUUAUUUUGUGCUGCAGCUUGUUUGCCAGCAGCCUUGUGUGAGAUUUUGUUCAAGACAUAUGAAUACUUAGAACAAUGCUGCUCAUGUCAACAUCAAGUUCAACACACAUAAAUGGUGAUGACCAUGGUGUAGCCUGUGUUCCUCAAAUACUUGCAGAAAGGUCAGUGUUUGUUUGUGGACACAUUUUUAAUGAUCAUGGAAUACUUGCAACUCA